CUCAGUGUCAACACAUACAGCUCAAGUGUCAACACAUACAGCUCAGUGUCAACACAUACAGCUCAGUGUCAAACACCGCGCAUAAAUUCACAUCCCCAAAGUAUUGGAAACCCUAGUGUAUCCAAAGUUGUAGUUGCAUCCAGUCCUCCGCAAUCCUUGGACUCUGAUCGUUCACUAAGUAUAGAUAGUAAGUGUUUUAUUAAAGUGACUAUGAGGAUCCUUGCACAUGCUCUGACGCAUUCAACGUUGGCAACUACCUCUUAUAAGAAGGCAUGUCGGUCUCUGCACAGUACAGCUUCAGAUGCAAUCCCUGUCAUGGUCAAUCCGGCCCUCGGAAUACCGGGUGGGGUUUAUAAGUAUUUUACCGAAUUGUUAGAGACAGAGAACCCACAACUGAAGUGUAAACCGACCCUAGACUACUAUGGGGACAAUGGGAGGUCCGAAGUUAAGGUGGAAGACUGGGGUGUCAUGGCAGAGGAGGUCAUAGCGCAGGUUGAGAAGGUGGUCUAUGCGGACAAGACCAAUCCAAGGCCGGUGAUAGGCCUGGGCCAUUCGUUCGGUGGUUGUGCGCAUAAAAUCGCGGCUUUCAAGCGACCUGAUCUAUACCGAGGAGUGAUCAUGAUCGAUUCUCCGAUGUUCAAUCCGGUGUCACGGACGGGCAUGGUAAGUCUGAAAGCAUUGGGCAAGCUCGAUCAAGUGAUACCUGCUAGGGCCGCAACUGUGCGUCGCAGAAGUGUAUUCAGCAGUAUGGAGGAAGUCAGAAGCCGACUAACGGGGAGAGGGAUCUAUAGAAAAUGGCAUCCUGAAUGCUUUGAAGCCUUUCUGCGAACAGGGUUCGUGCAAAACCCGGAUGGCACUGUGAGACUGCUAGGACCAGUUGCCAAUGAGAUCAGUAUCUAUGAUAGUUCGCCCGCAGACAUUGGGCUUACCACUACCGGACUGUAUACGGAUACUGAUACGCCGAUGGCUUACAUCUACGCCCACAAUCCUGAAGACCGACUGAUAUUCGGCCCCGAUGUCCUGUACUUGCGAAAUAAGCUCCGGCACACAAGUGUUGUGCCAAUGCCAGACCAUGGGGGACACAUGUGGCCGCUCGAUCACCCAGAAGAGGCGGCGAAGUACAUCAGCAGUCUCAUGGUAGACAUCGGCAUCGUCCCGGCGCCUGUGUUAGAACGACCCGUGCCAGAACAAACAGUCGAGUGCUGUUGAGCGACCGCUCACUUAGAUACUGUUUGGGUAACGGGUCAAUAUAGAGAGCCUGCCUAAGAUAUUGGUAAUUGCGAAUAUAAUCUCACGGGAGCGAAACUAAGGCUAGUCCUGCUCGUGAGAGCUCGGUGCAGCAGAAUUUGCUGCGAAUUCACCCAGACGAGAGUGUGAAAGGUCGUACAGGUAUUGUGGUGUAGAGUAGUCUUAUCCAGAUGUUCAGCCUAUGGGAUACAGAACCUCUGUCAUCUAGAACUCGAGGGAUUCACGGGUUGGACAGUCAUUUUCGAAUGCGCACUAGUGACAUUCUCUAGUGUUGUGUUUGCGAUGAUGGUAGAAGCUUUCGACAGCGCCGCAGCAGAUCGGUUGCCUGCCCGUGCAUAGGCUCAGCCUAAAUGGGCAACAGACAUCCGUCACAGCAGAUGCGCUCACUGCAUAUGCGGGAUAACAUUCGGCGCCAAUGCACUUGACCGCAAUAAGACUCUGCAGCGAACUGUGCGCAUUUUGUCGUCAAUUGGAAUUGCGGUUCUGGGCUAAUAGCAGCAUCGAAAUCGAAUGAAACACUAGAAAUUCAGCCCGAAAGCUGCGACAGAUCGAUCUGAUAUUUUAGUGGCGAUUGUAUGAAGUAGACGAGAGUGCAAUUUUGUGUCCGAAUUUCCCGUACCUACCAAAAGUGCGGUUGUCAAAUCCUCUGCCUUUCUGAGGGCAACUGUAGGUGCUCUCCAAGAGUUUAGUGUAUCACAGUAUUGUGCUAGGUAGAGUAGAGCAAUAAUUUAAUUUCAAUUUAUGCCGCCGAAAUCCGUAUUUAAAUUUAGAUCAGCUUCCUAAUAAAUAUUUUAGUCGA